AUGCCUCGCAAGAAGAGCUCAGCCCGGUCCAAGUCGCCAUCCAAGAGGCAGCCCGUCAACAAGUUCAGCAAUCCUCAGCUCGCUUCGCAGUCAGUUGAGUCCGGGAACAGCAAGAUUAAUGUCGUAGCAGAAGCUCCGGAGCUUGGGCCACCAAAGCCCGCGGCCGACGACAGCCAGCGGCCUCCCGCUGAGAGGCAGGAGUCCGGCAAUGAGCACAGUGCUACUGGCCUAGACGACACCACGAACAACCAGACUAGACAACAUCGACGGUCACCUUCUGCUGCGAGGAGCAGUGGCAGCAGAGCGGGGGAGUCCGAGGGCAACGACCAUGCCGCGGAUGCUGAGAAGGGCUUUGGAAGCGAAGGAACUGCCGACGAGACUCUUGUCGACGGAUUCGAUGUCGACAGGUCCGAUUCCACAAGUGUAAAGGCCAUGAGCGACGACAGCUACCCGCGUAUCACUCUGGCAGCCCAUGGCCGCAGGAACAGCCAUCGCUUUGGAUUAAAGGCCGGCGGCGUCCGCUUUGCUCCUCUCCAGGUUCCCUUCCAACGUCGCCUCCAGACGGGCGCUGUGUUGUUCCACGGACUGUCCAUCCUCACAUUCGUCUCGGUAUUCUUCUUCCUCGCGGCGAUUCCUUUUACCUGGCCCUUGCUGGUUCCUUAUCUUAUCCACCUCUCGCUGUCCAGUGUCGCCUCAAAUGGCAACCUGACUUACCGUUCAGAGUGGCUCCGUUCGCUUCCCAUCUGGAAGUUUUUCGCAGAGUACUAUCCCGCCGAGCUUCACAAGACGCAUGAUCUGCCGCCCACUCGGAAGUACAUCUUUGGUUACCACCCUCAUGGAAUCAUCUCGCACGGCGCUUUUGCUGCGUUUGCUACGAACGCGCUCGGCUUUGCAGAGAAAUUUCCCGGUAUCACCAACUCCUUGUUGACUCUUGACAACAACUUCCGAAUCCCCUUUUACCGCGACUACAUCUUGUUCAUGGGUGUCCGAUCGGUGUCUAAGGAAUCGAUCUGGAACACGAUGAGCAAGGGCGGCACGAACGGAGAGGGAAUGGGUCGGGCCGUGACCAUCGUCGUCGGUGGUGCCAGAGAGUCGCUGGAGGCUCAGCCCGGUACCCUCAGGCUGAUUCUCAAGGGUCGCAAAGGCUUCAUCAAGAUGGCUCUGCGGACCGGGGCCGACCUCGUGCCUGUCCUGGGCUUCGGCGAGAAUGACCUCUACGACCAGCUUAGCCCGAGGACUCACCCCUGGGUGCACAACUUUCAGAUGUUUGUGCUCCGCGUUUUCAAGUUUACUCUCCCAGCUCUGCACGGACGGGGCAUUCUCAACUACGACGUGGGCAUGAUGCCUUACCGCAGACCCUUGAACAUCGUUGUGGGCAAGCCUAUCAAGAUGACGACAUCCCCUACCGCUCAACCCUCGCAGGAAGAGAUCGACCGGUACCACGGCCUGUACGUAGCUGAGUUGCAGACGAUUUGGGACACCUACAAAGAUCAGUUCGCGCCCGAGCGAAAGGCCGAGCUUCAGUUCAUUGCCUAA